UGCUGUGCUGUCACGAGCUCGGUGUCGACGCCGGAGCAGGAGACGGACGGACGGACGGACGGACGGGACCGGAGGACGUUCAGCCUUUACCCGCCGUUAGCGCGUCGCCCAGGGCAGAGCUGGGCCCCGACCCCCCGAGCAGGACCCCCCCCGCCGGCUGUCAGCAGCCCGACCCCCGAACCCUCGACCCCCGGAGCUCCGCUAGCCUUAGCCGCUAGCCCGCUAGCCCUCUCUCUCCGUGACUCCCCGCGGUGCUGCAGCCCCGCAGCCCCGGUACCGGGCCGGGCCUGAGCUCCAGCCCCGGGUCCCCCCACCUGACCGAGCCCCCCCCCCAGGAACCAGGACCGGGCCUGAGAUAAACCCGUUAAUCCCCGCAGGUCGGAUUGAAUGAAGCCCUGCGCCUGCGUGUAGCGGAAACGAACCGGGACGGAGAGAUCCUGAUCCUGCAGGUCCGGCAGGUGCUGCCCGACCCCGGCCAGAACCAGCCCAGCAGACCAGGACACGUGGGCCCGCAGAGCCCGGAACCAGACCCGCUCAGCCCGCCAGGAGGCCGGACAGACCCAGCCCAGCCCCGCAGAACCAGCCCCAGAACCAGCCCUAUAGCCGGCCCGACCCGCCAUCAUGCCGGCCGUGUCCAAAGGAGACGGGAUGCGCGGAUUAGCCGUGUUCAUCUCCGACAUCAGAAACUGUAAGAGCAAGGAGGCUGAGAUCAAGCGAAUAAACAAAGAGCUGGCCAACAUCCGCUCCAAGUUUAAAGGGGACAAGGCCCUGGAUGGAUACAGCAAGAAGAAGUACGUCUGCAAGCUCCUCUUCAUCUUCCUGCUCGGCCAUGACAUCGAUUUUGGACACAUGGAGGCGGUGAACCUGCUGAGCUCCAACAAGUACACAGAGAAACAGAUCGGCUACCUGUUCAUUUCAGUGCUGGUAAACAGCAACAGUGAACUGAUCCGUCUCAUCAACAACGCCAUCAAGAAUGACCUGUCCAGCCGUAACCCCACCUUCAUGUGCCUGGCGCUUCACUGCAUCGCCAACGUGGGAAGCCGUGAGAUGGCGGAGGCCUUUGCCAGUGAGAUCCCUCGCAUCCUGGUGGCUGGUGACACGAUGGACAGUGUGAAGCAGUCGGCUGCUCUGUGUCUGCUGCGUCUCUACAAGACUUCUCCUGACCUGGUGUUGAUGGGGGAAUGGACAUCACGUGUGGUGCACCUGCUCAACGACCAGCACAUGGGCGUGGUAACGGCGGCCAUCUCUCUCAUCACCUGUCUGAGCCAGAAGAACCCAGAUGAGUUCAAGACCUGCGUUUCCCUGGCUGUUUCCCGACUCAGCAGGAUUGUGUCCUCGGCCUCCACCGAUCUGCAGGACUACACAUACUACUUUGUUCCUGCACCGUGGCUGUCCUGCAAGCUGCUGCGUUUGCUGCAGUGUUACCCCCCACCAGAGGACGGUGCUGUCAAGGGCCGUCUGGUGGAGUGUCUGGAGACCAUUCUCAACAAGGCUCAGGAGCCCCCCAAGUCCAAGAAGGUGCAGCACUCCAACGCCAAGAAUGCCAUCUUGUUUGAGGCUAUAUCGCUUAUCAUCCAUUAUGACAGCGAGCCGAACCUGCUGGUGCGAGCCUGUAACCAGCUGGGCCAGUUCCUGCAGCACAGAGAGACCAACCUGCGCUACCUGGCUCUGGAGAGCAUGUGCACCUUGGCCAGCUCCGAGUUUUCCCACGAAGCUGUAAAGACACACAUCGAGACGGUCAUCAACGCCCUCAAGACUGAGAGAGAUGUGAGUGUUCGACAGCGAGCAGCUGACCUGCUGUAUGCCAUGUGCGAUCGCAGCAACGCUAAACAGAUCGUGGCGGAGAUGCUCAGCUACCUGGAGACGGCAGAUUACUCCAUCAGAGAGGAGAUGGUGCUGAAAGUUGCCAUCCUUGCAGAGAAGUAUGCUGUGGACUACUCCUGGUAUGUAGACACCAUUCUGAACCUCAUCCGCAUCGCUGGAGACUACGUCAGCGAGGAGGUGUGGUACCGAGUCAUCCAGAUCGUCAUCAACCGCGACGAUGUCCAGGGAUACGCUGCCAAGACCGUUUUUGAGGCCUUGCAGGCCCCUGCCUGCCACGAGAACAUGGUGAAGGUCGGAGGCUACAUUUUGGGAGAGUUUGGUAACCUGAUUGCUGGGGACCCCAGGUCCAGCCCGUUGGUCCAGUUCAACCUGCUCCACUCCAAGUUCCACCUGUGCUCCGUGCCGACCCGGGCCCUGCUGCUGUCGGCCUACAUCAAGUUCAUCAACCUGUUCCCGGAGACCAAGGCCACCAUCCAGGAGGUGCUGCGCUGCGACAGCCAGAUCCGCAACUCUGACGUGGAGCUGCAGCAGCGGGCCGUCGAGUACCUCAAGCUGUCUUCCAUCGCUAGCACUGAUGUCCUGGCCACAGUCUUGGAGGAGAUGCCUCCUUUCCCAGAGAGGGAGUCUUCAAUUUUGGCAAAGCUGAAGAAGAAGAAGGGGCCCGGGGCCGUGUCCGUGACGGAGCUGGAGGAUGGUAAAAGGGAGCCCGGGGAGCUGAACGGAGGGGCCGAUCGGGGACCAGACACAGCAGCCAUGGCCGCCUCUAACGCUUCCACUCCAUCCCCGUCGGCCGACCUGCUCGGGAUCCGCUCCGCUGCUCCGGUUAGUACCGCUCCAGCCAGCACCGGCAGCCUGCUGGUGGAUGUCUUCUCGGAGACGGGGCCCGCUGCACCUUCAGCUGCUGUGAACGAUGACGGCUUCCUCAGAGAUCUGGAACCGCCCACCGAGACCUCCGAUGCCCUUUUGGUGGAGGGUUCCGGUGACUCGGACUCUGCUCCUCCCUCUGAGGAUCCUGCUCCUCCUCUGUCUGAAGCAGACGAGCUUCUCGACAAGUUCGUCUGCAAGAACAACGGGGUUCUGUUCGAGAACCAGCUGCUGCAGAUCGGCAUCAAGUCAGAGUAUCGGCAGAACCUGGGGAGGAUGUACCUGUUCUACGGUAACAAGACGUCGGUGCAGUUCGCCAGCUUCACCACCACCGUCAGCUGUCCUGGAGAGCUCCAGUCUCAGCUCAACGUUCAGACCAAACAGGUGGAGCCCUUGGUGGAGGGUGGAGCCCAGAUCCAGCAGGUCCUCAACAUCGAGUGCAUUACCGACUUCUCAGACGCGCCGCUGCUCAACAUCAAGUUCCGCUACGGAGGGGCUCUGCAGAACCUGACCCUCAAGCUGCCCGUCACCAUCAACAAGUUCUUCCAGCAGACGGAGAUGGCCUCACAAGACUUCUUCCAGCGCUGGAAACAGCUGAGCCAGCCUGCGCAAGAAGCACAGAAGAUCUUCAAGGCCAACAACAGCAUGGACACGGAAGUCCUGAAGGCAAAGCUGCUGGGGUUAGGGAUGGCCCUGCUGGACAACGUGGACCCCAACCCGGAGAACUACGUGUGUGCUGGAGUCAUCCAGACCAAGAGCCAGCAGGUCGGCUGCCUGCUCAGACUGGAACCAAACGCACAGGCCCAGACGUCUGACCCGUGUGUCUCUCAGCAGAUGUACCGGCUGACUCUGCGCUGCAGCAAGGACUCGGUGUCCCAGCGUCUGUGCGAGCUGCUGGCCCAGCAGUUCUAGGCCCGGCCCCCCAGCGAGACCAGUCCUCCCAGCGUGACCAGUCCUCCCACCACCCCCACCAGCGACCUCCCCCUCCUCCCUCCUCCCUCCAGCAGAGAGUCCAGGGGUAAAAGAAGGUUCAACCUCCAUAAGGGAAGAAGCCGCCGCUGCCAGCAGCAGCAGCAGCAAUAUUAUUGUCUUUAUUCUUGUCCCACAUUCUAAUUCCAGCUCAUCUUCUACUCGUUUAUUAACAUGAUGCUACAAUCUCCUUUUCCUUGGUUUACCUGUGUAGCUGGUGUGUUUAUGGCCAGGAGUGUGUGUGAGAGUGUGUGUGAGUGUGUGUGGGUGUCCCAUGGUUGUGCUGGGGUCUCAUUCUGCUCCAUCCUGACUGAAGUAGUGAUGCAUCUCUCCAUGUCUUGUCUGCAUUUGUGAGAUUUAAUCUGCUAAACAUUCCUGGAAGUUAAGUGGGAAGACAAGUGUUAAUUACACACACACACACACACACAUACACACACACAUUCCCCCCCUCACACACACACGUGUAAGGCCUGCGUGGCUCCUUGUGGUGGGAGAUCUGAAGCGUUUUCCAAAUUAAAAGCACUUCAGACGUGGAGAUCCCCUCAUUCCUCCCGUCGCCCCGCAGUCAGUCGCCCCUCGUCUGGAUUAACUAGUGCAAUUAUUUUUGAUGUGUAUGUAAAUAUGUGCCAGUGAGUCACUUUCUCUUGUUUUCAGACACAUUCCCAUCCCCGCGUUUAAAUGCUGGUGAUAAUCAGAGCUGCUCAGGUAGAGGGAGCUUCAGAACGGACACUAUGUAGACUUUUGUACAGGAUGAGACCCGUCUGCGGGUCAGAUUUCCACGACUCCCAACACAGGCUCAGAGGCAGCGCCGCUGAAAACCCUCGGGGCGUCUGUGAGCUGCUUCUCCUCCGGAGACGGAGUCUCACUGAGCCGGCAGGGCCGCUUCCUCAUCUCCUAAACCAGAGCAAGUGUUUGAGCUGAACACGAGUGUUCUGCUUGGGUUAGUGAUGGGGUCGUGAGCGUUUCACCUGAGCUUGUGUUUGGAGGCGUGUGUUGGGAGAGUGCUAACUCUGCAGGGUUUCUAGUGAAGCUCUGCGCCGCUGAGCCCAGACCCCCCCCACCAUCCCAGCUUUAUCCUAAACACCAGUCCUGCUUCUAAAGCAAAACAUUACCAGUAUCAGGAGGUUAAUUCCAAUAAAUCAGGUGUGUUCUCAGUCACUACAGGCGAUCCCCUUCAUCUGCAGCUUCCUAAACUCCGCUGGACUUCCUGUCACUUACAAGCACUGAUGUUGUGGGGGGGGACAGGAUGUGACACCCACAAGUCCAUGACAGCUACAGGGGACUCUGUACAUAUGUGUGUGAAUGAGAGCGUGGCUGGAAACGGGUGAGAAGAAAAAAAGAAAAGAAAAGCCUACAGACAUUUCUAAUACACGGUCACAUUACAUCCUGCGACUGCUCGGCGGUCGCCGGACAUUUGAACUUUGUAGUGGAAACGUAGUCAUUUUGUCAUUUUGUGAGCGUGUGUAUGUGAGUUUGUGUGUCUAUGCAGUAUCCACUAGCUAAUACAGCCUCAUGUAUCGGUGUUAAGAAACUGUCCAAUACCUGUGUUAGAAUUAAGAUUUACCCUGUAAUGAAAAGAAAUGUGAAAGUAAAGUUAUGCCAUAUAUCUGAA